CUUCUUUUCUUCAUCACCCUUUAUUUUCUUUCUUCCUUCUAUAAAUGCUCGUCUAUUCCCUUUCUUGUCACUCCCAUUCGUUCAUUCAUUCAGUUUGCUGCAGAACAAGAAAGAAAUUUAAAACAAGAAGAUGGAGGCAAUUCAAUCUUGGGUUUCAAAUCACAAGCUUGCCAGCAUUGGAGCAUUUUGGGCAACAGCAGUUGGUGGAUCAUUUGCUUAUUCACGUUCGAGAACUCCUCUUAAGCCAAGUCUCAGGCUCAUCCAUGCUAGGAUGCAUGCACAAGCUUUAACAUUGGCAGUCCUGUCUGGUGCAGCAAUCUACCAUUACUAUGAGAAGCAAGGAGAGAAUGCUGAUGCUGUUUCUUCUUCUUCUUCUUCUCCUGGAUUUACAAAUUCUGCUUAGUUAAUAUGAACUGUUCUGGUUUUAUGAUCAAUCUAUUAGGAGGACUUUUCUCUAAAUUCUAUAUGUCAGUAUGCAUGGAAGUUCCCUGUUAUAUUGGGGGUUUAAUUUACUAGAAGUACUCUCAGUAUUCCUUAUUGGACUAGAGAGAGAGAGAGAGAGUACUUAAAUUCAAGUUGAAAUUAAUGCUGUAAUGUAGAUACAUCAAUCUAUUAUAAAAUGAUCAGCUUAUAUUUGGAUCA